AUGCGCCGACGGGUCAGACAGUCUGCAGACCCGAGCGUUGACCCUGCUACUGCUCCAUAUGUAGUAGCACACCCCUACGCACGCACACAGCCAGCCAAGAGCACGCAAUGGCCAAUCGCAGCGGUCAGUCUGCUUGUCAUUGCAGCCGCCGUCUUUGCGCUCCGUCUCCUCGAACGACCAGCUUUUGUCUUUCCUCUGGAGUAUGCCGUCUGCACUCGCGGAGAGCGGCUGUACACAAGCGAUCCCGCUCAUCCUCAGGAUGAGUGUGUCGUUGUAGCGGAUAGCACUAUCAUCGCUAUCGACUCACUCGCCAAUGUCAGGCGCACUUAUGGCGAUAAGGACACACUGGGGUCCGUCUUCGUGUCGCACGGCAAGACGAAGCGGUCCAUCAAGGUUCACACCCUACCUGCUGCGUAUAGCAUUUUGCCAGGCUUGACUGACGCGCACGGUCAUGUUCUUGACUUGGGCCACGCUGCUGCUGCCGUUACACUCAAAGACGCUUCCUCCGAAGACCAUGCGGCCCGACUUGUGUCUGAAUAUAUCAGAUCGCAUCCGCAGGCGCAUGACGCCAUCCUCGAUGGAUACGAAUGGGAUCAGACAAGGUGGACUCCUGCCGUCUUUCCCACCGCGAGAGCAUUUGAGCGCUAUGCAAACUUGCGAGAUCUCAAAAUCGUGCUCAAACGAGUCGAUUUUCACGCGCUCUGGCUAUCGCAAGCGGCCAUCGACUCACUCGAGCCUUUGCCCGAUCAGAUUGACGGCGGUCUGAUCGUGCGUGACGAGACCGGUCGUCCGACGGGUGUUUUUCUCGAUGCUGCGAUGGAUUUUGUCGUCAAUCGGUUGCCGUCUUGGACAGAUGCACAGAUGGAGCAAUAUCUGCAUUCUGCAGCGAGUCGACUGCUUGGAUUUGGCAUCGUAGGCGUACACGAUGCUGCCGUCACACUGCCCAUUCUCGCCAUGUACAAGCGUCUCGAUGCCCAGAAAAGACUGCCACUAGACAUCUAUGCGAUGGUCUUGUGUCCAGAGCUGGACCAGUACUGCGGCGAUGCUGUAGAAGCGUACCAGGGACACCGGCUCACCGUGAGAAGCGUCAAGCUGUUUGUCGACGGUGCGCUAGGCAGUUAUGGCGCCUACUUGCACAAACCUUACUCUGACGACAAAAGCACGAGGGGAAUACUGCGCACGCCAGCACACACGCUCAAGGAUCUGAUUCAACGCUGGAAUGCUAAAGGCUUCCAAGUCAACGUCCAUGCUAUUGGCGAUGCGGCAAAUGCGGCCGUGCUCGAUGGCUUCGAGAGCUUGCUGCCGGAGGAUCUGGCGGUCCGCCGUCACCGCAUCGAGCAUGCACAGAUCAUGACGGACCAAGACGUUCAGCGUGCUGCACGGCUCGGUGUCAUAGCAAGCGUGCAGCCGGCUCAAGCGACAUCAGAUAUGGGCUACGCAGAAGACCGACUUGGCCCAGAACGCAUUCGGACAGCCUAUGCUUGGCGCACCUUUCUCAAUGCGAACGUGUCCAUUGUUUUGGGCAGCGACUUCCCAGUAGAGAGCGCGAAUCCGUUCCAGGGUAUGCAUUCGGCAAUCAGUCGACUUGACCUGAACGAGCAAUCGCCUCACGGGCCGCAAGGAUGGUACAGCGACCAAGUACUCACACGACAGGAAGCUCUGGCUGGCUUCACGUCCGCCCCUGCGUUUGCAAGCUUCCAAGAAAAGCGGUUGGGCAUGCUCAAGCCAGGCAUGCGUGCUGAUUUUGUGGUCAUCGACCGCGAUCUCCUCGCCGUGCCUGUCUCCGACAUGUCGCGGACUCCCACGAUGCUUACGGUCCUCGAUGGUCGAGUGGUUCAUAAUCAGGGUUUUGUUGUUGAUCGACCGACUGAGCGCGAUCGGCCGAAGCGCCGAGACGGCCUAGGCGCAGCCAGCGUCGUUGUCGUCCUUGUCGACUGGACAGGGCGCAAAGCCAUGCCAAGCUCGCCUAGCAGGCCGCUGGGCUCGCCUCGAUGGUCCUCCACGACGUUGGAGCGAUCUGGCUCCAAGUCGUACACCUUCAGCAGCGCUAGCAGCGUCAGCAGCGGCGGGAGCUCCAGUCGUAGACAGAACUCGGUGUCAAUGUCACCCACUGCCACACUCCAGGGCCUGACGGAGCAGCUCCGACGAACGAGUAUCGAUGGCCUGGUUCGCAAAUCCAGCAGUUCGUCCACCCGCUCGAGCCGACAUAUCAGGCGGAAGUCUAGCACGAGCACGUCAAUGAGCAGGGGACCCUCACUCAAGGAUCCGAUAGAUCUGCGCAGGACGCCUUCGAGCUCCGCUGGCAAACGAAAGGCCUCACCUCUUACGGCUGUAGAGAUCAUAGACAGCCUAGCCGAGCGGAAAGCGAUGCUGGAGUCACAUGAGCCGCUUGUUCUGGACGUGCGCAGCAUCACCGCCUUUCUUGGCGUUAGACUACAGGACUCAAUCAAUGUAUCAAUACCCUCACUCCUCCUGAAACGACUCAAGCGAGGCAUCAACCUCAGCCAUUUUCAACUCGAGAACUACAUCACUACAGAAGCGGGCAAGCAGACUCUUGCCCGGCUCGUCAAGCGCAAAGAUGGUCGCACCAGACGACUUGUCGAUCUAGACUGUUAUAUCGUCGGCGACGAGCAGCUCGACCGCGCUGGCACAUCAAACACGCCUCGACUAGGCACCGUCUUACUCAGCGUACUCGAGGCUCUCCGCACAGAUGCUAGCGCGCCCAAAGGGCGUCUUUACUACCUCGUCGACGGAUUCGACAAGCUACGUGCCAUCUCUGGCAGUCGUGGGAUGCUCGUCGUUGGCGAAGAUGCUGCGCCGAGCGCGCAUUCACAUGAAAGCGCGACGCCGCCUCGACCCAAAUUGAGCUUGACACCGAGCCGCUCUAGUCCACAUGACACGCCUUCAAGAUCUCUGCGCGCAAAGUCGAUGAGCUUGACCCCGAGCAGCGAUAGGGAGGGCAGUCCCUCGACUGCGAUGAAGCCCGGCAGUCUUCGUCGGAUCAAUACGGAGACGCGUAACCUCGAUGGUCCGUCGUCUCAGCCGGACAAACGAUCCUGGAAGACUGCUGUGUCUGUCUCUCUCCAGGCCCUUUGCGCAAGUCAAAGUCGGACGCCUUCUCGUCCGCGCUCAGCUGCCAUUUCGCCCUCCGAUCUUGAUCAUGACAAGCCAGAAGUCUUCUCGGUUGCGUCUAUCCUAGCCGGACGUCUCUACCUCGGCCCCGAGCCAGGAACGGAAGAGGACGUACGGGCGCUCGAGCAGCUGGGCGUCAGGCGAAUACUCAAUCUUGCGCUCGAGGUUGUUCCAAAGGCGGAGCUCAAAAUGAACACCCGUUUCGAGCAAUAUCACCACAUUCUCAUGCGCGACUUUGUCGAAGAACAAGGCGUACACGAAUUCUUAUUACGAGCAUGCUUCCUCAUCAGCGAUGCAAACAUGCACGACGCACCCAUCUAUUGUCACUGCCGAGCAGGCAAAUCUCGCAGCGUCACUGCUGUACUCGCUUAUCUCAUUCGGAGCCAAAAGUGGACGCUCAAGCAAGCCUACAAGCACGUCGCCGAUCGACGUCCUGGCAUAUCGCCCAACAUUGGCUUUGUCUCUUCUUUGAUGCAAUGGGAGAGCGAAGAACUAGGCGACAAGGCGAACCUGGCAGCAGCUGCCGAUCCGCGCGAAGCUUCUUCGGACACGGAACACACUAGAACAACGAAAUCGGUUCGCAGACCAUCGUAUCGGAUGAGUAAAUCGUUCAGUAUCCAGUCAGCUACCGCUGCUGAGAUAUGA